CUUGUAGCGCUACCAAACAUAUUCAAACCUAAAAAAAACGCUUCUUGUUCCUAUUAUUCUAAUCCGACCCAGAACCAUGACAAGGGGCAACGAAGAUUCACGGAGGAAGAGAAACAGAUGCUUCCAAUACAUCGCUGGCGGGAUCAUAUUACAAACCAUAAUCAUAGUUCUGUUUGUGGUUUUCGUCAUGCGUAUCAAAACUCCCAAAGUCCGUUUAGACUCGGUUGCUGUCGACUCACUCACCGCCAACUCCAGCCCGUCGUCUCCUUCCUUUAAGGUUCAAAUCAAUGCUUUGGUUACCGUCAAGAACAAAAACUUUGGGCACUACAAGUUCGAGGGCAGCAAGGUCACUUUCUCGUACAAAGGCACUGCGGUCGGGGAGGGCACUAUUGCCAAGGCUAAAGCCAAAGCUAAAAGGACAAAGAAGAUAAACGUGACAGUGUCGUUGAACUCGAACAAGGUUUCAAGCCACUCUCAGUUGAGUAGCGAUCUGAGUUCUGGGAAUUUGACGUUGACUGCCUACGCCAAGUUGGAUGGGAAGGUGCAUCUCUUCAAGGUCAUCAAGAAGAAGAAGUCUGCUAACUUGAACUGCACCGUACAAGUUGAUACCAAGGCCAAAGUUGUCCACGUUUUGACUUGCAAGUGAAAUCAAUACAGUCCUUCCUGUUGUUGUUGUUGUUGUUUUGGGUAAUUUUAAUUUCAUUUUUAUGGAUUUAAACUUUUAGGUUUAUUGGUUGUUGUUGAAUAUAAUAUUUCAUGGAGGGGCAGCGUAUGUUAAGGCUUUAUUGUAUUGAA